CGUGAACGUAACCGCCGCGAGGAGUGCUGGGUAACCGGAAGUGGUGAGUGAUCGUGCGGACUGUGAGUGCUGGGCGGUAAAUGACGGUGUGAGUGUAAGCAGGCGGAUGUAUUGGGAGUAUUGACCGGGGACGGCUCGUUUGUGGAUAUUAUUAUACCGAGCAGGCAGCGGGUUCAGACCGGAGCCGGGAGACAUGAAGAGCAGCGUGGUCCAUGCUAAGGUGGGUAACAGGCAGUGUGUAGCCCAGCUGGUCACCAUUGGCCCUGUAUGGCUGGCAAUCAUAUCACCUCUAUGGUUACUAUUAUUAUUAUUAUUAUUAUUAAAAAUAUCUAACCUGGCAAUCAUAGCCAUAGCACCUCUAUGAUUAUUAAUAAUAAUAUCUAACCUGGCAAUCAUAGCCAUAUCACCUCUAUGGUUAUUAAUAAUAUUAUCUAACCUGGGAAUCAUAGCACCUCUAUAGUUAUUAAUAAUAUCUAACCUGGGAAUUAUAGCACCUCUAUAGUUGUUAUUAUUAUUAUUAUUAUUAUUAAUAAUAUCUAACCUGGCAAUCAUAGCCAUAUCACCUCUAUGGUUACUAUUAUUAUUAAUAUUAUCUAACCUGGCAAUCAUAGCCAUAUCACCUCUUUGGUUACUAUUAUUAUUAAUAUUAUCUAACCUGGCAAUCAUAGCCAUAGCACCUCUAUGGUUAUUAAUAAUAAUAUCUAAUCUGGCAAUCAUAGCCAUAGCACCUCUAUGGUUAUUAAUAAUAAUAAUAAUAUCUAACCUGGCAGCCAUAGCACCUCUAUGGUUAUUAUUAUUAUCUAACCUGGCAAUCAUAGCCAUAGCACCUCUAUGGUUAUUAUUAUUAUUAUCUAACCUGGCAAUCAUAGCCAUAUCACCUCUAUGGUUAUUAAUAAUAUUAUCUAACCUGGCAAUCAUAGCCAUAUCACCUCUAUGGUUACUAUUAUUAUUAUUAUUAAUUUUAUUAUCUAACCUGGCAAUCAUAGCCAUAUCACCUCUUUGGUUACUAUUAUUAUUAAUAUUAUCUAACCUGGCAAUCAUAGCCAUAUCACCUCUAUGGUUAUUAAUAAUAUUAUCUAACCUGGCAAUCAUAGCCAUAGCACCUCUAUGGUUAUUAAUAAUAAUAUCUAAUCUGGCAAUCAUAGCCAUAGCACCUCUAUGUUUAUUAAUAAUAAUAUCUAACCUGGCAAUCAUAGCCAUAGCACCUCUAUGGUUAUUAUUAUUAUCUAACCUGGCAAUCAUAGCCAUAUCACCUCUAUGGUUAUUAAUAAUAUUAUCUAACCUGGCAAUCAUAGCCAUAUCACCUCUAUGGUUAUUAUUAUUAUUAAUAUUAUCUAACCUGGCAAUCAUAGCCAUAUCACCUCUUUGGUUACUAUUAUUAUUAAUAUUAUCUAACCUGGCAAUCAUAGCCAUAUCACCUCUAUGGUUAUUAAUAAUAAUAUCUAACCUGGCAAUCAUAGCCAUAUCACCUCUAUGGUUACUAUUAUUAUUAUUAUCUAACCUGGCAAUCAUAGCCAUAUCACCUCUUUGGUUACUAUUAUUAUUAUUAUCUAACCUGGCAAUCAUAGCCAUAUCACCUCUAUGGUUAUUAAUAAUAAUAUCUAACCUGGCAAUCAUAGCCAUAUCACCUCUAUGGUUACUAUUAUUAUUAUUAUUAUUAUCUAACCUGGCAAUCAUAGCCAUAUCACCUCUUUGGUUACUAUUAUUAUUAAUAUUAUCUAACCUGGCAAUCAUAGCCAUAUCACCUCUAUUGUUAUUAAUAAUAAUAUCUAACCUGGCAAUCAUAGCCAUAGCACCUCUAUGGUUAUUAAUAAUAAUAUCUAACCUGGCAAUCAUAGCCAUAGCACCUCUAUGAUUAUUAAUAAUAAUAUCUAACCUGGCAAUCAUAGCCAUAGCACCUCUAUGGUUAUUAUUAUUAUCUAACCUGGCAAUCAUAGCCAUAGCACCUCUAUGGUUACUAUUAUUAUUAUUAUUAUUAUCUAACCUGGCAAUCAUAGCCAUAUCACCUCUAUGGUUAUUAAUAAUAUUAUCUAACCUGGCAAUCAUAGCCAUAUCACCUCUAUGGUUAUUAUUAUUAUUAUCUAACCUGGCAAUCAUAGCCUUAUCACCUCUAUGGUUAUUAAUAAUAUUAUCUAACCUGGCAAUCAUAGCCAUAUCACCUCUUUGGUUACUAUUAUUAUUUAUUUUUUCUAACCUGGCAAUCAUAGCCAUAUCACCUCUAUGGUUAUUAAUAAUAAUAUCUAACCUGGCAAUCAUAGCCAUAGCACCUCUAUGCUUAUUAAUAAUAAUAUCUAAUCUGGCAAUCAUAGCCUAUAGCACCUCUAUGGUUAUUAAUAAUAAUAUCUAACCUGGCAAUCAUAGCCAUAGCACCUCUAUGGUUACUAUUAUUAUUAUUAUCUAACCUGGCAAUCAUAGCCAUAUCACCUCUAUGGUUAUUAAUAAUAUUAUCUAACCUGGCAAUCAUAGCCAUAUCACCUCUAUGGUUAUUAUUAUUAUUAUCUAACCUGGCAAUCAUAGCCAUAUCACCUCUAUGGUUAUUAAUAAUAUUAUCUAACCUGGCAAUCAUAGCCAUAUCACCUCUAUGGUUACUAUUAUUAUUAUUAUUAUUAUCUAACCUGGCAAUCAUAGCCAUAUCACCUCUUUGGUUACUAUUAUUAUUAAUAUUAUCUAACCUGGCAAUCAUAGCCAUAUCACCUCUAUGGUUAUUAAUAAUAAUAUCUAACCUGGCAAUCAUAGCCAUAGCACCUCUAUGGUUAUUAAUAAUAAUAUCUAAUCUGGCAAUCAUAGCCAUAGCACCUCUAUGGUUAUUAAUAAUAAUAUCUAACCUGGCAAUCAUAGCCAUAGCACCUCUAUGGUUAUUAAUAAUAAUAUCUAACCUGGCAAUCAUAGCCAUAGCACCUCUAUGAUUACUAUUAUUAUUAUUAUUAUUAUUAUCUAACCUGGCAAUCAUAGCCAUAUCACCUCUUUGGUUACUAUUAUUAUUAAUAUUAUCUAACCUGGCAAUCAUAGCCAUAUCACCUCUAUGGUUAUUAAUAAUAAUAUCUAACCUGGCAAUCAUAGCCAUAGCACCUCUAUGGUUAUUAAUAAUAAUAUCUAACCUGGCAAUCAUAGCCAUAGCACCUCUAUGGUUAUUAAUAAUAAUAUCUAACCUGGCAAUCAUAGCCAUAGCACCUCUAUGAUUAUUAAUAAUAAUAUCUAACCUGGCAAUCAUAGCCAUAGCACCUCUAUGAUUAUUAUUAUUAUCUAACCUGGCAAUCAUAGCCAUAGCACCUCUAUGGUUACUAUUAUUAUUAUUAUUAUUAUUAUUAUCUAACCGGGCAAUCAUAGCCAUAUCACCUCUAUGGUUAUUAAUAAUAUUAUCUAACCUGGCAAUCAUAGCCAUAUCACCUCUAUGGUUACUAUUAUUAUUAUUAUUAUUAAUAUUAUCUAACCUGGCAAUCAUAGCCAUAUCACCUCUAUGGUUACUAUUAUUAUUAUUAAUAUUGUCUAACCUGGCAAUCAUAGCCAUAUCACCUCUAUGGUUAUUAAUAAUAAUAAUAUCUAACAUGGCAAUCAUAGCCAUAUCACCUCUAUGGUUACUAUUAUUAUUAUUAUUAAUAUUAUCUAACCUGGCAAUCUUAGCCAUAUCACCUCUAUGGUUACUAUUAUUAUUAAUAUUAUCUAACCUGGCAAUCAUAGCCAUAUCACCUCUAUGGUUAUUAUUAUUAUUAUUAUCACUUAUUCUCUAACCUGGGAAUUAUAGCCAUUUCACCUUUAUGGUUACUAUUAUUAUUAAGUGUUCUUGCAUAGCAAGACCACUUCAUGUUAUCUCACAUAUAUAUUAAUAUUAUUAUUAAGUGUUCUUGCAUAGCAAGACCACUUAAUGUUAUCUCACAUAUAUAUAUUAUUAUUAAGUGUUCUUGCAUAGCAAGACCACUUAAUGUUAUCUCACAUAUAUAUAUUAUUCUUAUUAUAGCCAAAUUUACCAUCCUAACUCCUCCCACAGUUUUUACACUACAUAGACAGUAAUAUACCGAAACGUGCGGAUUGUUCCCGAUUGGAUUGCUAUUACUUUGUGGAAUGUUUCGCCGAAUGGUUCACGGAAUAUCGUCAUUCUUGGGCGAAAUUGGUCCCAUAGGAAUGAAUUGCAAAAUGUUCAAAACUAGAGUGGGAGCUGGCAAAAUCUGAAAAAUCAGGGCAUAAUUUCUAAACUGCCACCACUCCCUCAUUUUCAAGCCCAACUACACAAAUCUUAUAUCAAAACGUUCAGCUAGGGUGAAAGUUAGGGUGGUAAAUUUGGCUAUAAUAAGAAUAAUAUAUAUGUGAGAUAACAUUAAAGGAACACUAUAGUCACCUAAAUUACGUUAGCUAAAUAAAGCAGUUUUAGUGUAUAGAUCAUUCCCCUGCAAUUUCACUGUCAUUUAGGAGUUAAAUCACUUUGUUUCUGUUUAUGCAGCCCUGCUUCAUUAAGCUAAAGUUGUUCAGGUGACUAUAGUGUCCCUUUAAAUGUUUGAAUGUAUUUUAUAAAUCCUUUACCCAUUCAAAUAUGGUGUCUUGGGACAGAUCAGUGCAAGCUUAGUUUUUUGUAAGAUGACAGGUUACAUUUUAUGAAAGUUCAGUAAAAUGAACAUAUGUUUAUAUUUGUGUAAACUUUUUUGUUUACACAAAUCUGAUGUCCUGAGCACAGUUGUAAGUGGUUCUAUAUGUAUACCCAAGCCUGUAUAUUAGUAGUAUGACACCAAUUUCCCUAUGUUGUGGAACUCCAACAUCUCAUUAGUUUUCUACUCCACACAUACACGCACAAACUCUUUUGACCAUAAAACAGUAUUGUGGCGUCUGCAGUUGUGCAGCUUCUGAAGACCUAGCUGUUCAUUAACUUUGAUCUGCGAGCUGCUCUGUUAAUCUAAUUCAAUUUCAUGCUUCUUUCACAGCCUGUAUAUUGUAAAUGACACUCUAGACCAGGAGUAUCAUACCCCUGGUUCAGCUGUUGUUGAAUUUAUACUCCUUGAAUUCUCUGCUUGUGUUUGCGCAUAGAAUUGGCAAAGGAGCAUGCGCAUUAUACAACUGGAUAAAGUACUGCUGCUUUUUUAGAUCUUAACAGAUUUACCUAUAUUGAUUUCAUUUUUUUCGAUUGCUCAAAUUAAAUAACCAAAAUCAGAAUUCCAAGACAGAAAACAGUGUGAAGGCAACAUAAUCGGUAAUCAGUGACAGGCCUUAUUAUUUGUGGAGUCAUGUGUGUUUAACAGACUUGUGACUUACUGUGGUUUCUGUCCAAUGUAGUGACAUUAUUAGUAUAGUCUGUAAAUAAGUUUAUCACUGAAGAAAAAUGACACGCUAUAAUUUUUGACCUAGCGAAAGGGCAGAUUGACCAAUCUAGGCAAAACUUAAACAGGUGUUAAUCAUGUCUUAUUAUCUAAUUAUUCACAGUGUGUUUCUCUCUGGGGGAACACCAAACCAGGAUUUUCAACAAAAAUUAGAACAUACUUACUUUACUGAACCUAUGCACUAAAACUGCUUUAUAACACCAAAAUAUUUUAGUGCCUAGAGCAGAAGUAGGCAACCUUUGGUACUCCAGAUGUUGUGGACUGCAUCUCUCCUAAUGCUUAGCCAGCAUUAUGGCUGUAAGACCCUUAUUGGAGAUACAGUCCACAACAUGUGGAGGGCUGAAUGUUGAUUACUCCUCGUCUACAGUAUCUCUAUGUAGAAUUAAAACAAUAAUAAUUAUCCCUUUAAUGUGCCUAGUUAUAUCUUACUAUGUCCACCAACUCCAAGUCAGCUAUGGUUGCUGUAUCCUGUACAGGCAGAGCUUGCUGGUUUGAUAUGCAAAUACUAUAUAGCUUCUCUCUUUAAUGGCAGCUAAAACUAGCUUGUGAAGCAAGUGAGUGGUGGGACCCGCCAAAGGGUAAGGUGCUCGAGUUGUCUUUUCUCUGAGCUCUCUUGCACACUGGUCUAAUAUGUUUACAUAAACCAUAACUAUUCUUCUUACGCUACUUCAAAACCUAGGCUUAGCCUGGCUGUGAGAGCCAGUUAUAGUGAUCACAUUGCGUAAUCUGUCAGCUUCGGUUUGUAUCCCCUAUCCUAGCUUUCACAACAAUUUACAGUCCAUAAAUUGGUGACUCUUUUCUAUUCCUCUACUCCUUAUUCUCCUCUCAGUAUCCCUACUUGCUUCCAUGGUAAUCCCUGCCAACACCCUGACUUUCCAGGAAGAAUCCGAGUGCGUGGGAGCGUUAUCUGUGGUAUCUGCACCCACAGGCUCCUUUGUGCUCACAGAAGGGCAUCUGAUCUCUCCAAUUAGUUUAUUUUGGGCUGGCAGCCUCGCAUGCUGCUAUAUGUGCCAAAGCUUGUCGACUCCUAGGACAUAUUUGAAAUCUGUACCACCCUGGUGGUAGUUUAAUUUUCUACUCAAUACAAUAUAUUAUAGGAACUCUUAGGAUUUUACAUUCCUCCUAGUGUAUACUGAUUUGGAUUCCAUACACUUUUAAACAUUUUGAGUUAACAUUCUUUAUUUUGUGUAUUUUAUAUUUAGAAAUACAGUUGCCUUUAUCUUCCAUGUAUUAACAAUUAUCUUCUAUAUAAGUAGAAGGUUUAUGCAAUCUCACUAUCAUCUUGAAUCAAUAAUAUACAAGGUAGUUUUUCUCCUCAAUUCACAAGUCCCGCAAAAUAGCAUGAAAUAAACUUAAAGGGAUAGCCUUGCAAUGAGGUUCUUAUGGUGCCAGGCAGUCCCAGGCGCUGUCGUGUCUUAAAAGGUUUAACCAGCUACUUCCUUUUAGAAGACCUAGGCUUCAAUCGGGAAGCCACCGACUGGACACUGCUAAAAAGCCUCUGCUGGCACCCUCAGCCUAUCACUAGCUCCCCAAUCAGACAUCAGAGUGAAAAAUGUACAUAUUUUUAAACUCCGUUUUCUAAAUGCAAGCUAGUGAUGGAGACCUCCUGGAACCAUAACAACUUUAUUUGUCCUUUAUUAAGCCCUAUAUAUCCCACCCCUAUAAAGGAGGCAGCUAACACUAGAUUUCCAGUGCUUGCCCUUUCUACCAUCAGACUGAUCAAUCCUGCUUUCCCUUGGUUCUUUUUCAUUUUAUGAAUGUGAAUAAUAUGAAUGUGAAUCAAUAUUUUGUGUGUCUAUAUAGUGUGUGAGUGUGUGUGUGUGUGUGUAUGUAUGUAUGUAUAUAUAUAUGUAUAUGUGUGUGUGUGUGUAUAUAUAUGUAUAUGUGUGUAUAUAUAUAUAUAUAUAUAUAUACUGAGGCAAUGGGGUUUAACAGAGCAACUGCUUUCAGAUGAGGUGGUACAGGUUUGGAGUAGUUUGUAUACCUAAUAAUGUAACAUUGUGUUCUCAGAAUCCGAACACUUCCUAUGGUUUUGCUGUCAACCCUGAUUAGUUAGUGGACAAUACAUAUCAGAAUUUUAUUCCCUCUAGUUGAUUAUCCAUUAUUUGCAACACCUGAUUCAUAUUGUGUUCUACCCUGUGGUACCUACAUAAAUACUACACACCUAUACUACCUGACUGAGAUCUGUUGCUACCAUUCUUCAUAUAUAUAUAUAUAUAAUUUAUUUAUUUUUUUUGCUUUGUUCACUGUCCACAAUAGAACUGUACUCAAGAUUUAACAAGUUCUGCCACUUUAUAUUGGUUUUGUUAUAAUGAUGUCUUGCACAUUGUGCUACAUUGUAAGCUUUUAGAGCAUGUCUUAUGCUAAAGUAGCUGUAUGAAAAAUUCAAUUUGUUCAGUGGUUUCAAGACACAGGAUCCUAGAAUUCUUUACAUAGAUUUUAAGACUUCUCACAGUACAAUAAUACAUGAUUUGUUUUGCAAUUUGCAGAGAUCUUCCAGCUAUGACAGGCGAGAUGAUCAUAGUUCCCGUCGGAGGAGUUCCUCGCCAGAAGAGAGGUAGGAAUUAUUACAUAUUUUUUGGUUAUGUUUAUUUUCAGUGAAUACUUUUUUAUUUAUUUAUUUUUAAGUUACUAUUUUAAAAGUAAACUGUCCAUUGCAAAUAAGCACUCAAACCUUUUAUUUGGCUUCAAAAGAAUAUUGCAUUAAUUUUAUUUAUAAAACUGCAAAUAUAGCAAAUUUUGUAAUGCUUGAUAGUAAAUGUGUGAAAUAUUUUUAGUCAUCAUUCCUGUCUCUUAGACAUUAUUGCAUUGUGGCAUUGGUAGCAAAUGCCAGUUCCCCUGUAAGAUUUUAUGGCUUGUUAAAAUUCAACAGUUUUGAACAGUAUAAUCGCCGUGGGUCAAUUAGUUCCUUUUAAGCCAGCUUUGAUUUUUCUGCUUCUUGGAGUACUGCUGAUUGGCAUUUGAAAGACUGAAAAACGUUUCAUAAUUCUCACAUGGCAGAAAUGUUUACAAGUUGUUAAGAACAUAAUACUGUGUUCUUCCUGAUGCUACCCCUAACUGUUCAAAUAUACAUCAAAGGGAAGCUUCACCAGUUUUUUGUCAUUUAAAAAAGAAAAAUACUUGCCCUGUCCUCUCUUUCAUUUUGCCCCCAUCCCUUGCAGAAUGUUUAAUUGAAUUGGUCCUUUUUCAGUGAUGCCUGCUGAAAUUAGCAUCUGGCUGAAAUCUCUUGCUCUCUCAGCAAAUCCCUGAUCUUCAAUUGUUUUUAACGUUUUGGGAACAGCAGCAGCCUAAACCCACAUGCUAUGACUGAUUUAGUUUUUUGUUUUGUUUUUUCUCUUCUCAAAGAAUUACAUUUGUGCAUGCUUGCAUGUCCUGCCUAAUUGUAUAGGUUUAUGGGAUACAUUUUGUUAUAUUUCCUGCAGAAGAAUUUUUUUUUUUGUACUGUUAAAAAGAAAAAAAAAAAAGUAAAUCUGUCUUACUGCAAAUUAAUUUUCUUUACUGAAAAUGUUAGCUACCAUUUCCAUACACUGCUAAAUAUUUAUGUGCUUUGGUAACACGUGUUAUUAAACUAUUGGUAUGUAAUCUGGGGUAGAGGGGGUAUAAAUUAGGAACAUUGGCCCAUAUGAUUGCUUCUCCAAGAAUCUUUGUUUCUUUUUUUUUGUGCUUGAGUGGAAUGUAUAUUUUGUAUAAAAACAAAAGGUUCAGAUGGCAAAUGCAUAUUUUGUAUAAUCGUUUCUAUUAGUGAUGUCCCGAACGGUUCGCCGUAAACGGUUCGCCGCAGAUUCCUCAUUGAGUAAACUUUGACCCUGUACCUCCCACCUCCUGGACAGCAUCCAUUUUGAAGCUGCAUUCUUAGUGAGCUGUCCAGGAGGUGGGAGGGUCUGCUGCUAAUUGGCUGGAAUGUGUCUGCUGACUGUGAGGUACAGGGUCAAAGUUUACUCAAUGAUGAGUCCGCGGUGAACCGUUCGGAGAACCGUUCGGGACAUCACUAGUCUCUAUGCCAACCUGUUGAGUUGAUCUGGUACUUGAUCUAGCCCUGAGUGAGGGAUUGUUCUUCACUGUCUUAUUGACUGCAUCAGUACUAACUUACUAGUCACUCAACUACCGUAGAAGACUAUAUGACAAAAAAAAUGUACAGUCACCUUUUUAUAGUGGUUUCAUCCUAUAAGUAGGAAUGGUGUUCCUCGGCAAAGACAAAAGCUGUCUUUCGCAUGAGAAUUUUAAAUUUUCAUAUUUUUCCUCCUUUAUCCCUGUUAUAUGAGCUUUUUGUAAUAUUUACCAUUUUAAUUGCAAUUCUGUUGUUGUAUAGGUUUACUGCAGAAAAUUUUUUUUACAAAUUAGUUUUUUUGUUUUUCAUUUUAUCCUAGAUACCAAAACAGGGAUAGGUCAUUAUCCCCCAGGGACAGAGGCUACCGUGGUAGGGGCUACUCUGAUCGGGAUCGAUAUGAUGACGAUCGAUCACGAAAUGGGAGAUACGAGAGAUCAGAGGAUUACAGGUAAAUUAUUUGCUGUAUCAAAUUUGGUAUUUAAUGUGCAUAAAAGUAAAUUUCAUGUCCUUAGAUGACACAUUGGAGUAAUGCAGCAUGUUGUGUCUGUGUAAGCUGAACAUCCUCUCAUAUUAAGCAUGGCUAAAAUGUAGUUUAACUGUGUCAGUCCUUUAGCUUAAAAGGACACUAUAGUUACCGAAACAACUUUAGCUUAAUGAAGCAGUUUCAGUGUAUACAUCAUGCCCGUGCAUUAUCACUGUUUAAUGCUCUGCCAUUUAUGAGUUAAAUCACUUUUGUUUUUGUUUAUGCAGCCCUAGUCACACGUCCCUUGGCUGUGACUGAUACAGCUUGCAUGAAUUUUUUUUUCAUUUUUAAUCAGAUGUUAACUCACUUUAGAAGUCUGUAUCUUUUGAUCUGUAAAUUAAGCUUCAAUCACACAGGAGCUCCUGCAGAGUCUAGCAAGCUAUUAACAGUAAAGAAGAUCUGAAAUUCUAAAUUAAAUAGACUGUGCAAUAAAUGAACUUAAAAUAUGUAGGUUCAGUGUUUAAGAAGGCUGUGCACGGGCGGGGUCUGAGCACGGAGCUGAGCGGAUGCAUGCAGGCACAACUCCCACUCUGCACGACACUCAAACCGACUGAGACAAUUUACAGACUAGAAACUAUACAAAACGAGCUACCGGCAGAAAGGCGAAGUGAAGCCGAAUCUUCUGAUACCACACACGAAGCUAUUGCAGCCGUCUCGCCGGGAAUCGCAGCUGAGGCCUAGCAUGACAAGCAACCUGAUUGCCGGGGGAGGCGGCCGACCUCCCUACACAGGGCCAGCACCACAUGGCAGCUCUCUAUGGACCGGUGGGGGAUAUCCCGGUCUUGCCUGACAAGGGGAAAAUCACUGUCCGACGGUAAGCCACGCGAGGCCGCCAUGCAACACGCGGAGCAAACCACGGAGGAUCCGGGGCUCCAGCAAUGGAGACGGUGUUUUGAGGCCAGGUUCAAUAAAAUUUGCCAAGCAUUCUGGUGAAGCCUACAGCAAAGGCCUCCAUCUCAAGUCUCUCACAUGCAGCAGGAGAGAGUACCAGCGGCGGUCCGACCGACCCACUCCAGGCGGGGGGACCCACGCUGGGGCGCACACACUCCGACGUCCUUCCAGCCGGAAGACUCCUCACAAGCCAACUAACCCCAAGAACCUGGCAUACGCGGCACAUAAAUCACCCAGGCGACACUUCACAAAGCAGCGAACAAAUAGGAAGCGGCGGAGAGUAGCCGGUUAUAACCAGCAAAGGAAGCUAUACUACAGACUUACCUCUGACCACUCAGACCAAGCGGAGGUCCACCGGAGAGACCCGAGCGGCAACUCCCAUCAACGGGCCACCCAUCAAGCGCAUGGCCCCGCCACAGAGGAGAACAGAGAAGCCGCCUACCUCUUCACAUGCCCUAAGAGCUUCACGAAUCAGGGGAUUGGCUGAGUCAGAGACUAUCCGACGACAGCGGACUGUGUUACCUAACUCCGAAUUUACCUAACUCCGAAUCUGCCAUGAUCUUGAUGGACACCAUCUUACCUUAAACACUUUACCCAGCCGUAAGGACUAAAACCGUAUUACAGCGGUCACUUUACUCAGUAAGCGCAGACAGUGUGACCUUAUGUCUCAUUACUUAGACUCAACUCGUAUUCUUAAAGCAUGCUGUUAACCCUGUUUUUACUUACCACUCAGAUGUCUAGCCAAUCCACACUGAAAGUAGAAUCUGGAGUAAUAAAACAUCGGUCGUACAUGAAUAGCUUGCAACCCAGCUACUUACAUAAAGAUGUGUGCGAUCGCACUAUACUUCUGUUUACAUUACCAAUUACCUACCACACCUUAACAUGCAUACACAUACCGGAUACUCACCUAGGCGACUCACUCUAGCAGCUAGAACAUUUAGAGCUCAACAUGUUGUUUUAUCACUGCUUGCUGAUAUAUGCUUAUCGCUUCAUCUCCUGACUAUAUGUCUAAAACUAUGUCUAGCUUGUUUCAAAACAAAUAUAAAAAUGUGCAGAUUUCAAGUGCCAAAUUGAAUGCUUGUUGCUUACUCUUUUCGUGCUGUUGUGGCACCUCAUAUUUGCCUGUAACUUUCUUGCACAGAAAAAAAUAAAUAAAAAAAGAAGGCUGUGCAAGUCACAUACAGGGCCCAGCAAACCAAUCUGGCAAAUUUAAAUGUGUAUAAACUGAAACAGGAAAAGCCCUAUAUUUGACCCUGUAACUUUCCAAAAACCCCAUUAAACCUGUACAUUGGUGGUACUUGUGAGACAUCACUGAACACAAAUAUGUGUAUUUUAUUGCAGUGAAAGCUGACAGUAUUAUGACAUUCACAAUUAAAAUGUCAUGCAGUUCUUGGGAAUUUUCUCACAAAUUAUGUUUCAUAUAUAAAUAUUUGAUGUGAAAUGAAAGCCUAAUUUCUCCUGAAGAAACUGAUUGAUUUAUAAGUGUGGGUGCACUUAAUAUGAAAGAGGUUAACUAUGGUUGAACAGACAUAUAGAUCAAAUUCCAGGUUUUGUUUUGGUUCAGAGAUUGUACAAUUGCCUCUGUUCUUAAGGGGUUAAGCGAAAGUUGUUUUUAUGCCCAUAGUUUUCCUUUAAAUUUGAGGUUUGCCUUGAAUUCACUUUGAAUUCUCAAUUUAGUAAAUAACACUGCCUGUUACAUCUAUCAUUCUGCCUCUGCCUGUUUUUUUUAUUUUUAUUUAUUGUAUAUAGUUGCUGUUUCUCUUCUCCAGCAGCCUCCAUUCAACUGCUGACUGCCACUAUGUUAAAAUUUGACAUUUCAGUUGUUUUUGGAAGAGACUGGUAGUAGUUAAAAUAUAGUAGUGUAGUGUAUAAUAAGGUCAUCUUUAAUAGCAAUUUCACAUUAACCAAGUUGAUUGAAUAUUGUGAAAAUACAUUUUCCCUAUUCUUGAUUAUCGUUUUGAUAUUAUAUUAAUCUUUAUUUUUUGCAAUUUACUGUAUUAUUGCAUAUUUUGCAAAGACCCUCUUUGGUGACAUUGCUGCAAUGGUUGCGGGGAGCUGUACUUACCUCAUGCUGUCAUGUUUGGUCUUCAGCGUCUGGUGCCCACACCAGUGGUGUACUCUCACGCAUGCACAAAAAUACAACACUUAUUUCUUUGUAGAAUCCCUCAAUAGAUAUUACCUACACGGUCUUGAUGAGCAUUUCCUAAAUAUUUUAUCUUUAGGAAAUGCUUAAAAUGUUUUGGGGGUAACAGACACUUUUUCAUUAAAUUGUUUUUCAGUAGAAAUGUUUUUUGUUUUUUUGCUUGGAUUGCACAAUGUAGAUGUUUUUGUAUGCAUUUUCCUUCUUCACUGCUUCCUUUAAUGAAUUUUACACAGUUUUGGUCUAGGCUUCUGCUGAGAAUGCUAUUUUGAAAAUGGCUGCACUUUGAUUUUUUUUUUUUUUCUAGAAAAUCCUUUUCUUUGAUUUGUAAGUCGGUGUCAUUCCAAUUACAUUCUUUAGGAACUGUAUAUUUGUGAUAUUUUUCUUCCUCAAAAUAUAUCUAUCUAGUAAAGUGAUUUGCCCUUGACUGUUUCAGCAUUGAACAUAGCUCCAACAUAAACAUUUAAUCAUGUUUUUAAACACAUCCCCAAAGUUUAAUAAAUGUUGAUCAAGCCUAAAGGCAAGCACAUAAAGACAUGAAUAUUGACAGUGUCACUAAGGAUAAGUAAACACAAUAUUAGAAAUCCUGGUAAGUGGCAGUUCCACUGUAAAAGACUGUACUAAGUGGAAAGAGACUAUACAGUGAAUCAUUUAAAAUACUAUUUUGCCAGUUUAAUUAAAAAUGCUGCUUUUCUUGUGCACUCCUUGGAAUUCUAUCAAGUAUCUGACAGCUAGACUAUAUUACUAAUAAUAUGUAGAAACACUCCAGAAAAUAUGGGCAAGUCUCACAACUGCAUGAUUUUUUCUAAAUGUUUUGUUGUGACAUCUGACAUUACAGAUGCUAUUCUUAGUCUUUUUAUUUUUUUAUAAUAUUUCAUUUUUGGUAUGUACUAUUUAAGGGAAAAAGAUCGUCAUAUGUCAAGAAGGGAUCAAGAUUAUGAUUACGACCGAAGGAGAAACAGAAGAUCUCCCCCAUCGAGGAAAAGUGAGGAGAGGUCAGAAGAACAGACAUCAGCAGAACCUCCAGUCAAGAAGAAAAAGGAAGAACUGGAUCCAAUCCUUACAAGGACAGGUGGUGCUUACAUCCCUCCUGCAAAACUGAGGAUGAUGCAAGAACAGAUUACUGAUAAGAGCAGGUAAACAAAUUGUGCAAUGAUGGCUAACCUUGACAGGUGUGUUUUUUUUUUUUUUUUUUCACAUUUCCAUUGGUGCUUAGCUAUCAGAUGAUCCAGCUUAUGUUUCUAAAUGCAGGAGUUGUAGUGCCAAAGUAUUUAUGUUCUGUGUUUUAAUAGAAGGAAAACAAGAAUUGUUAAUGAAAUAUUAAAUUAGUUAAAUAUUUUUUCUUUUCUUUUUUCUACUUUUUAUAUAUACACAUUUGCACAAGUCCUACUUCAUGUUGUUUCUGAUACAGAUAUAUGUUGACAUGUGAUAUUCUUACUUAAGGAAUUACAUUUAUUUCUAUUUAAAAUAACAUGCUGCAGUACAUUCUUUUAUCUUCAUGUCUAUCACUGGUUUUAUGUGUCUAACAAUAUAUAAAUUAAAAUCUAUAUCUACAUACUGUGAACCAUGCUGCCGCUUGUAUAGUUUAAUUCCUAAAAGUAAGUUUAUUUGAGAAGUAGUGCAAAAUAUACUAUAUUUAAAUAAAAAUCUAAUUAUUUUACCAUGAAAUGUCAUUUUCAGUGGCAUUGUUUGCAGCAGAUAGUUUUAAAUUUAGUGUUUUCAUUUUGUUUGUAGGGGGAGUUUUUGUUUUGUUUAUAUAAUUUUUUUUGACUGUACAAUUUGUCUGUCUUGCAGCUUGGCAUACCAACGAAUGAGCUGGGAAGCUUUAAAGAAGUCAAUUAAUGGUCUUAUCAAUAAAGUGAACGUGUCUAAUAUUGGUAAUAUUAUUCAAGAGCUGCUUCAAGAAAACAUUGUUCGUGGAAGGUGAGUUAUCAAGGGUUACUUAUCACAGAAAGAAAACAACCUAGUGUCUAUAAAUCUAUUAUUAUAAAUUAUCUGAAGGAGGCCUUGCCAUUCACAGGUUAGCAUGUUCUUUUGUAAUACGUUUUUUUCUGCUUCUUUUCAAAAAUAGUGUAUCUUAACCCCUUAAGGACACAACUUUUGGAAUAAAAGGGAAUCAUGAUGGAAUAUUUCCAUCAUGUGUCAUUAAGGGGUUAAAAAUAUUUAUUACAAAACAGUGUUUUGUUUUUUGUCACAUAUUACCUAUACACAUCAUUGUCUUUGUUUCUUGCAGGGGUCAGCUCUCCAGAUCUAUUCUCCAAGCGCAGAGCGCAUCUCCAAUCUUUACCCAUGUGUAUGCUGCAGUUGUAUCGAUUAUCAACUCAAAAUUUCCGCAGAUUGGUGAACUAAUUCUAAAAAGACUAAUUUUAAACUUCCGCAAAGGAUACAGAAGAAAUGACAAGGUACCUACUAUGUGCUUUUAUAAAUGAGAUGUAUGUAAAAUUUAAAAGUUAAUGUAACUAGUUAUGGACAGGUUUUGAAUGGAUAAGAGAAUUGCAUCAGGGUGCUGGGAAGAGCAUAACAAGUGAUUAGCCACGGGGAGACCAAGGAUACAAUUUUGGAUCAAGAGAGUUGACUGGGCAGAUUACUGGACUUUCAGAUACAACCAGCCUGUUGGGCUCUUUGGGACACUUCAUUGUAUAGAUCACUAAAAAGCAGCUAUUAUUAUCCCAUCAAAUUAUCUGUCCCUACAUAUUGCAUUUAUUAAGAUGCUCUAAGUUUAAAAGCAUAGUAAUCCAAUCCCUGCAAGAAAGGCGUAAGAUACAGCUGUAACCCAAUCCCACACUAAUGCACCUAAAAACUAAUGCUUCAAACUAACCAAUGCAGGUGAAAUAAGAGCUAUUUUUUCGUGGGAAAAUUAGUGCUUUGCACAUUUGAACAAGAGAUAGAGAACACCUUUAGUAAUAUAGCUUUUAAUAUAGGGAGAACUUACUUACAAAUAACAUUCUAAAACAGCCAGUGGGAAGCCCUGUGCUGGAGACAAAACAGGAGGUGGAAAGAUUGAAAGCAGGCAGGGCAACAGGAGCAGAAACUGGAAUGGCUUUUUUGUGGAGGGAAGUAUUUUUAAUGUAUACUUUAAAAUGCCUUGAUUUGGCUUGUCUGGGACUUUGUUAUUCAUGCCUUUGUAGACUGGGUUCCUUUUAAUAAGAUUUUGCAGCAUAUGGUUUGUUUGCACUGUUAAUGGUUGAAAUAUUCCUUUCUUACUUUUUUUUUUUUUUUUUUCAGCAACUUUGCUUGACUGCUUCAAAGUUUAUUGCUCAUCUUAUUAAUCAGAAUGUGGUGAGUUGACAUUUCCAUUGACUUUUUUUUUUUUUUUGAGAAUCUUUAUUUGUAGAAUAGUUUUGCAGAAGAAUAAAACAUAAAUGAGUACAUAGGCAGGAGAGUAAGCAGGCCUCUCAUUAUUUAGUUUGGUCAAUAUGUGCUUACAAAUUCUUUGGUAAACAUUCCAAUGCUAGUCAGCUCAGCUAUUAUAUUAUCGGUUACAAUAGACAUAGGAAUAAGAACAUUGCAAGUUAAAUUGCGGAACCUCCUGGUUCAAUCAGAUGUAAUUCUUCAAAAGCUUAAAGGGACUCUCCAGUGUCAGGAAAAAUGUUUUCCUGGCACUGCAGGACUCUGCAGUGCCCCUCUCAAUCCCACCCCCAUCCCAUGUUGCGGAAGGGGUUAAAACCUCUUCAGUGACUUACGUGAAUCCAACGUGAAUCAUGCUUUGCCCACGCUCCUCCCCCAAGCCGGCGGGGGAGACCUAAUGUGAAGGUGCGCCAAUGGCCCCGAUAACUAGACCAGGAGCCGGUAUUUCCUUGAACUCCGCUGUAAUAAAUCUCACACUAGUGUGGGUUAAGGAACGCAACCCAGGCUCCGUCCCACAUCAUACCUCUUCGGUGCUUAUAUCCAGCGUUAAAAAAGCGCCACAAAUGAACUAGAGAUAUGUAUAAGUGACAUACCAGCAAGAAGAAUAUAAAUGUAACAAAAAUCAAUUUUUUCCCUCCACGCCCCCUCCCACCAAUCACCCAGGUCUCCGGGACGGUCUCACCCCUCCCCAGCCCCUCCUUCAGGCCAAGCUCUCUCCACAUGAGUUCAAGCCUCUCGCUGGUGGCGACCCCCCCUUGCCACUCAGUAAUAUCAUUCACCUUGUGGAAGGCCCAUGCGCCUUACAGCCUAGUAAACCUCAGGUAGCGUAUCAAGCUGGAGUAAUUGUGGUAGGUUGGGAAUGGGCGGGGCUGCCCCUAGAUGGCGACUCUAUUCUGCUUGUGGAGGGUUAACUGCGGUUAAACAUCUGAAAUCACCCCCCUCCCCCCCCCUUUUUUUUAAAAGUAUUUUUUUUUUUUUUGCCCGCCCCUCCCAACUUGUAUUCCAGAAUCAUGAGCUUAUCGUGACUAGUUAGGUCCCCCUUCUGCCUCCUCCCCUCCCCCCAUUCCAACCAGCUCAUCCACAUUUCCCCGUUCACCUCUCCCUUCACUCAUGUUCGUGGGCAGUCGGGCAACCAUGACUAUCAGCUUCCUUUGGCCAUGUGGAAGCAUGACCCUCCAGCCCACCAUAACCCCAAACUCCAUCCAUAAACACCUCACAUUUGCACAUUAUGAACAUUAACCAUUAACUGACCGGAGUUGCAUGGUAAGCAUCCCAACGGGAUGGUUCAUCAAUUUCCAUUGACUUAUUAUGUUGGUUUUACCCCCUCUUUUAAAUGGAUAGGUGAUGCAUUUAUUUCUCACCCAAAUUUGCACCAUAAGGGGAAAAUAGGCUUCACAUAAUAGCGUCAUAUUUUCUUUAUUUAACUGUUACUUUUUUUUAAAAAUGCAGAAAAAUCUUCACUUCAGUAAUUAUAGUAGACUUGCACCUUCCACAGUUAUUCAUUCUCAAGUGAGAAUUCAAAGUGAAUAUAAUACUAAAGUUCAAAAUAACAAGACUGGAAACUGUCUCUAAGUUGUCGAUGCUUUCAGUUCAGUACUUUGAAUUCUCACUUUAGUAAAUAACGCUGCUUGUGUUUGGGGUACUAUAUUCCAGUUAAAGCUGUGGAGUCAUGAUCCUGUGCUCUAUUCUGGUGUAAUAUAUGUAAUGGAUAGAGUGUGCAAUUGACUGUGGGAACUCUCUGCCAAAUUUACAACUAACUAGUAUGGAGUCAAUAUUGCCUUUACUUUUUUCCUAGAAGCUGUGAGCAGCGAUAUUUUCUGUGUGACCUUUUAGUGGACAGAUUGUCUAAAUAUGUGUCACGAAACUAGUUGGCAAAUCUGCUUUGAAAUUAUGGCGUGUUUUCUUUUUUUUUUUUUGGACAGGAGAUCAUUUUUACUUUCUUGGAAUGUUUUAAAUAUUAGUAACUCAACAUUUAGUCAUAAAUGUUUUACUUAAAUAAUUUUUUAAUUUUUUUUUUUUUAAUUAUUUUUAGCUUUUUGUAUUUUCUUAUGGUUUCUGGAAGAUUAUGCUUAAUAUGCAUAAACAUGUUCUCAGAUUAACUGUGAAGAUCUCCUUAUGGGCAUUUGGAGUAAUCACUGGACAGGGAACUACUGUUUUAUUUACCAUGUGUACACGUUAAAAAGAAGUUAUUUUGGAAAAAUGCAUAUAGUUGUAUUCCAAUUUCCUUUUUUGACAGAUUUUUCUGUGAAGAAAAAUGAAAAUAUUAUUGCUACAGUGGUUAUUUACUUGACCACUGUUCUGAAGGCAAGGGUAUUGCGGACAAAAGUAAUGUUUUGAGAGCUGUAAAAUGUGCAAAUGGAAGGUUUCCCAAAAGAAGUAAAAUGUACAGUAGCGCACAUUAUUUUUCCCUUUAAAAAAAUAAACUUUGCACAUUUCAAGAAAAAAACAUGUAAGUCUGUUAAAUGGAAGUGUACAUUACAAUUGACAAUGCUGUUGAAAAUACAUGAUAUUCUAUUUUAUCCCACAGUCUUUACUCCAUCUUACCACUAGUAUCUGCUGUUAUUGUCACUGAUAAAUUGCACAAUGUAUAUUAAGCCUUUGUACUCCGUAUGAAAUUGCUGAACAUGACAAAAAUCUAAUAUGUGGUAUAAAUUAGAAUUUAAAUACAUAUGAUUUGCAGGAUUGUUUUAAAAGAUGGAAUUCAACAUUUUUGCCAGUCCUUUCAGUUUGCCAGAAGUCUCUAUGAUUUUCUUGAUUGUAAUCCACUGACCCAGUAAAAGUGUCUGCAGUAUUUUUCAGGCCACAUAAUACACAAAAGAAAACGGGCAUGAUAAAAAUGAAUAAUAAAACAGUCUAAUGAUGUGCAUGAGCAGUCUGAGUGUUGGAAGUAUGUUUUUGUAUUAUAUAUAAAGCAUUCUGCAGCUGCAUAGAGAAGUCUGGCAUGUAUUCUCAAAUUAUAAUUCCCAAACCAACGUGCACACUAUUUUACAGUGUGAAUGUAGAGCACUGAUGGCAAACAUUUUGGCACACCACAUAUAGUGUAGUACAUUUCCUGUGACACUUAGCCAAAAUGUACCACAUGCGUAUAAAUUAUUCUUCUCUGUAGCUUUUAAUUUGCAUGUAGCGACCUCCAGUAAUGUUGUGUUAGCAGUCACUUUUUGGCAGCAUCACACCCAAAUAAUAGUUUGGCAUCUGGUCUUGAAAGCUUAGCUCCCUGCAGUUAGUGGUGUUGUGACACUACUUGGUAUUCUAUCACAUUUCACAAGACACUUCUUAAAGGGGCACACCAAGCACCCACACAUGUUUGAUACAGAGUGAAGGUUCGGUUAAAGGGACACUGUAGUCACCUAAACAGCUUUAGCUUAAUGAAGCAGUUUCAGUGUAUAGAUCAUGCCUCUCCGAUUUCACUGCCAUUUAGGAGUUAAAUCACUUUGUUUCUGUUUAUGCAGCCAUUGCCUCACCUCCCCUGGCUCUGAUUGACGCAGCCUAUAUGAAAAAAAACUGGUUUCACUUUCAAUCAGAUGUAAUUUACCUUAAACAAUUUUAUCUCUUGCUCUGUAAAUUGAACUUUAAUCACAUACAAGAGGCUCUUGCAGGGUCUAGCAAGCAGGGGAUAAGGAAAUCUAAAUUAAAUAGAACUUGCAAUAAAGGAAUGAUAAACAUUAGAUGACUCUUAACAGGAAGUGUUUAUGCAGGCUGUGCAAGUCACAUGCCGGGAGGUGUGACUAGGGUCCAUAAACAAAGUGAUUUAACUACUAAAUGGCAGAUAAUUUAACAGUGAGACUGCAGGGGCAUGAUCUAUACACCAAAACUGUUUCAUUUAGCCAAAGUUGUUUAGGUGACUAUAAUGUCCCUUUAACAUCAGUUUUGUUUUGUGUUUUUUUUAUUUUUUUUUAUUCUAUGGAAUACAUUUUUUUUCAAACAUCUGUUUUUGCUCCAUAAGCCCAACUCUUCCUGCCUUUUUAUUCUAACCUUUGGAAGAGGAAAGGGAGAAUAAGUAAGCAGUCUGUUUGCAUGACUCUUGCUUACAGAGAGGGCAGUAGAUAGAUGAAAUAUACUUGCUAGAGUCCAGUAUGGUAAGGGGAGGUGGUCUGAGACUGCCCGGGAUUGGAUUAGUAUACUGGUUAGGAUUGUAAGACAAAUUUACUCUUAAGGAUAGUAUUGUUCGUUUUGUAGUUAAUUGUAAAUUGUCCGCCUUAGUCUGUCCAAAAUCGCAUGCGAGGAAAGAGUUAACAAGAAUGGCAUAGAAUCAAUCUAUAUCAAUUUUAUAUUUUAUUUUAUAUAUUAUCAGGCUCAUGAGGUUCUAGCUCUAGAAAUCCUAACCUUGCUCCUUGAAAGGCCAACCGAUGACAGCGUUGAGGUUUCUAUUGGUUUUUUAAAAGAAAGUGGACUAAAGCUAACCCAGGUUUCACCCAGAGGUAUAAACGGUAUGUGUCUAUUGCAUAUUAGUGAUUUAAUUAAUCAACUUCUAUUUUAUUCAUUUGUUUUAAUGCUUUUAUAAUGUUUCAAAUUAAAUUUCUUUGACACUGGGUAAGUUGUAUUAAAGGACCACUAUAGUGCCCUGAGGGUGCCCCCCACCCUCCAGUUCCCCCUCCCGCCGGGCUGGAUGGAGAGGAAGGGGGUAAACUUACCUCUUUCUCCAACGCCGGGCGGGGAGCUCUCCGACUCCUCUCUGCCUCUUCGGCGGAAUGUGCAUGCGCGGCAGGAGCCGCGCGCGCACUCAGCCAGUCCAUAGGAAAGCAUUCACAAUGCUUUCCUAUGGACCCUGGUGUCUUCUCACUGUGAUUUUCACAGUGAGAAACGCGGAAGCCCUCUAGCAGCUGUCAAUGAGACAGCCACCGGAGGCUGGAUUAACCCUAACAUAAACAUAGCAGUUUCUCUGAAACUGCUAUGUUUAUAGAAAAAAGGGGUUAACCCUAGAUGGACCAGGCACCCAGACCACCUCAUUAAGCUGAAGUGGUCUGGGUGCCUAUAGUGGUCCUUUUAAGUGGCUGGAUUUAAAGAAACACCUCAGGUACCAUAUAUUGCUUACUCAGUACAUAUGUUACGGUCCAAGGGGACUCAAUAUAAUACACUUCCUACUUUAGCAGUACAAUUAUGUUUUUGUAGGUGUACACAGUUCAAGAACUGAAAAAAUGCUCACUUUUCCUUUCAGUUCUCUGUGGGAGCAAGAACUGUUGUACAAGUCUACAGUGUAUUUCGUUCUAUUCACAAAACUGACCGGAUAGUCAGUAGUUAAGAAACUGUUAUGGUACGGGUGCUGUCUGCUAAUUCAGCAGUUUCACUCAUCCUGAGUAAUAAGUAGUACUACUACUGAGGGGCAGAACUAAAUGUUUCAUUAACCACUUCUGAGUAAGGACUUGUGGGAUAAGGUCAGAUUCAUAGGUCAGAAUGUGAGGCUGCUGAAUGGUGGAACUUCUUCCUUGUCUGGGAGAUCUGUGCUAAAUCUUCUUUCAGUAAGUUUCAGAGCAGGAAUUUUAUUGCAGGGAGACACUGCAGUAAAACAAAUCAAUUGGUCUGCUCCUCCUUUCCACUUUCUUAUUGUUAUUAUGUAUUGUGCUGACUGUGAUCUAUAGUAAACUUAUUUUUCUAUCUCUGCCAAAUAAGUAAGUGGAAACCCGCAACCCCUUUUACUUAUCUUGGCACCUUAACUUUUCUUGCAUUUUUCUAUGCUGUAUGGAAAUGGAUAUUGUGCCACUUUGGAAAAAUGCUAAAUCUUAUUUUAAUUGGUAAUAAUGCCUUAUUUCCUUUACCACUAUAGUGUUCCUUUAACUGGCUCAAGAUGGCAAGUAUUGGGCUUGCUAACUAAGCCCAGUUAAAGGAACACACUAGUGUCAGGAAUACAAAUGUUUAGCUAUUUAGGUGUGUGUGCCCCCCCCCCGUUCAAAUACUCCAAUAGGGCCAUAUGGUUCCGCUGGCCCUGCCCCCACUCUGCCUCUCUGGCUAGACUCAUCAAAAUUGACUAUGGCAGCCUCUAGAGGUGUCUCUGGGCAGUAAUGUAAAGAAAAGCCAGUGUUUACAUAAAAAUGAAUGCAGGGACAGACUAUAGACACCAGAACAACUACAUUGAGCUGUAGUUGUUCUGGUGACUAUAAGGUCCCUUUAAUUCUUGCAAACCAUGGCUCAAACAGAAACAUGAGAACGAUAUACUAUAAAUGUUUUAUGCAGAACCCUAUACAAAACAUGGGAAAAUUGGCUUACAACCCUUUUACUCUCUGCCUUGAGUAUUUUCUGACACUUGGCAGGCAAUUCUAUAAACCUAGAACCCAAAUUGCCCUUUUAUCCCUUUCUUGCCAUUUCAAAUGUUGUGAAUAUAUUCUUACAAAUCUCUUUCCCACAGCUAUUUUUGAGCGUCUUCGUAACGUCCUACAUGAAUCCGAAAUAGAUAAACGUGUUCAGUACAUGAUUGAAGUGAUGUUUGCUGUUCGAAAGGAUGGUUUCAAAGAUCACCCAGUCAUUUUAGAUGGGCUGGAUCUUGUAGAGGAAGAAGACCAAUUCACCCAUAUGCUUCCUUUAGAAGAUGACUAUAAUCCAGAGGAUGUACUAAGUAAGUAGUUCUAAUUUAAUCUUGGAUAUCAUAGAUCAGCUGUGUACGGUGUGUUUUUCUAGUGUAAGAAAAUAUGCCAGCAGCAAUUGUUUCUUAUAUUUCAAAUGCAUGUAUACCUGGUGAAUAUCUGAGUUCCCUAAAUUUUAGUACCCAUGCAUUUGCUGCGCCUUGUAAAUGUUUAAUUUGCCUUAAUUAAUUCUCUGUUCUUUCAAUGCUGUUUCAAUUAAAAAUCUUUGAGCUUUAUUGUGGAAACUCGCUAUUAAUAUUUUUUCAAAAUGCUGCUGCACCAUAGUACAUUUAGUCUUCUCUGCUUUCCAGGUUAUGAAACUUUUAUGCAGUCAAUCUGGGAAUGAAACAUUUGAUAGCAUUAUAUUCUAGCUCCCAAAAAUAAAAAAAAAAUAAAAAAAGCAAAGCUUCUUUUACUGUACUUCAGUGGUUAUUCUGCUCUAAAACGCUUAACUUUUUUCAUGUCAUGAACGAUGCUGGGAGGACAUUCCAGUCCAGUCCAGACAAGUGGGAUUUGGAGGGGGUAGGGGCUUAUAUACACUCUGUAAUUCUUACACUGAAUUACAUAGGCUGCACUCACUUAAACAUGUUGCUGGUGUCCAGUAGAUACACAAUGCAAAAUACAGCACAAUACACUUCAACCAAAAUUUAAAGCCAACAACGUUUUUUUUUUGUUUUUUUUAAACAUCUGACAUAAAUACAAGUACCGGUAAUUGAUUCCCUCGUUUAGCUAUUCUGAAAUACAUUUCCCUGUCUUUUUGGUAUAGUUCCCAGUUUCUUGAAUAGUCCAUUCUUUUGGUGACUGUACAUAGAUUUGCUGUUCCUUUACAGCUGUGUGUGUGUGUGUGUUUUUUGUUUGUUUUUUCAUGAAAUUGCCCUUCAUUAGUUAUAAAACAUUUUAUAAUAUUGCAUAUCACGUGAAAUUAUUACUGCACUUGUACUGUGAUUUCCUUACUGGUGCACUUUGUAUAAAUAAUAUCCCUUUUUGCUUUCAGUCUCGUAUCGUAUGUAUAUGAUGAUUACAUGGCACAUGUGACAUCUGGUUAUACAUUCUCUAAUAGGGAGAAAUAGCUUCUGUGCGGCUGUAACAAUAUCAACUUAUUUUGUUUGUUGCUGGAUUGUAUUGAUCAUACUGUUAAAUAGGAUGUGCCAUCAUAUCUUAAAAGACCAACUGAGAAAAGUUAAUGUCAAGACCCAAGUUCCCUGAAAGUGAUGGAACAAAACGCUUCAUUAAACUGUGUAUUUUUAAAGGUUCGCUCGUGUAAAAAUGUGUAAUCAGCUUGAGCUUAUAAGACUGUCUUUUCUUAGUUUUCAUUGAGAUUUCAUUGUUUAAAAAGAUGGUUUAGGCAGAUGGAGAUUACUGGUGGUGGCAGGGAGGAGGGUACACUUAUUCCCCAGCAAGGAAUGGGUUAAGCCAGGGAUGUGUUAAGCUAGGGGAUAAAGCUUCACUGCCUAAAAAGGAGGACCUCUCUUAUAAUGGUUGUCUAGAGAGUGACAGAUGAUGCCUUAAGGUAUCAAUUCCAAGAGCUCUCAGUGAGCCAGAGAUAUUAUGAAACAACAUUGGAGUGUUAUCACCCUCUUCUUUAAUGCCGAAUAUAUUCUUUUUAUUAAUAAGGAUAGCAAUAGUCCUCGACAGCAUUUAUGAAAAAAUAAAUUGGGGGGGAAAAAAAAAUCCACAUUUUAUAGUGGAAAUACAUAAACAUGUGCAUCUGUAUUCAGGUGCCUACUUUUUCUUACUGGCAAAUCUGACCUGGUUUGUCUUUAAUUUCAUUAACAUUUUCAUUUCAUUACAAUUAUUAGUAACCAUUAUUAUUCUGCGUAGCUAUUUUUCUUACGGUUUUAAUUAACUGCUUUAUCUUCUCUUCCAGAUGUCUUCAAGAUGGAUCCCAAUUUUCUUGAAAAUGAAGAGAAAUACAAGACCAUUAAAAAAGGUACAGCAAAUAGCAAUAACGUUAUUUAUGUUGCAAACCAAUUCCCUAAUUAGGUAAAGAUUAAAUAGAGCUUUAAUUAUGGCAAGUGAUUGGAAGGAGGGAUCUAAAAAGUCUUCUUUUAUUGUUAAAUGAGUAUAUCCUUGAUGGCUAAAUCUAGUAAAUGAUCUAGUGCAAAUAGAGAGGUCUAAGGUGCUGUAAUGCACAGUACAACUUAAAAUGAUUUAACUCCUGCAAAUGAUAUUUUUGUCCAUAAUGAGUGUGACUGUGCGGCUCUGUCGUCUCUGUUAACGAAUGCGCAACAGUUCAGGCCUAAUAUUGUACAUGAGGACUUAAAUUAACUUGCACAGCUGUAUCGCUAUACUCAGUGCUGUAACCUGGGCUUGCAGUUGCUUUAUCCACAAGCAAUAUAGAAUAUACUGCCCUGAUCUCUCCAGUUACUACAAGAUAUUCUAACUAAAAACUCUCCUGCGAUUCUGUGCGAUUUUAGCAGACAGUAGAUUUAACACAGAAACAGACAAGCAAGCUUCUUCUUGAUGUAAGCAGGAGCAACUGCCUAUAUGUUCCAACCAGAUAUAUAAACGUCACUUCCUUUUCUUCAUCUGCAAAAGCAUGCCUGGAUUGGCCAGACAUAUAUCUCAGCAUGACAGACUGUAUCACAAUCUGUUUUGGUCUCACCUGGAGGUGGGAUGCUCUGCCUCUUGAGCCAUGUGACACUUUAAAGCCCCCUUCAAAUAAUGUUCUUUUCACAGGUCUAUAGUUUCCGGGUUGAGCUUUUAAACCAUUUUUAGAUAUAGGCACCACAUUUGCUUUUUUCACUUUUUAAUCUCUGAUUUUGGCCAAAUCUAGGCAUUUGCUAGCAAUUCUGAUAGAAAAUCUAAUUCCAUCUGUACAUUCUGCUAUCAUUUAAGGUUUACUACUUUUAAGAGUUACUACAAUGACCAUGAGGGCCCUGAUUUAAGGUGGUCAUGGUCAUCAGGUGUCUGUAUGUACAGCGUUUCUGCUGGGAACGCUGCACAUAUAGCAUAAUCUUCUCUUGUAUGCUGAGGGCUAAUUGCAUUCCUGGCACACGUGUCUUUGACAUUCCAGUACACCCUUGCAAGCUGUGAAUGCAAAUAAAAGCAUUUUUCUCCCCCACCACUUCCCAAUAAUGAUUUAUUUUUAUUUUCUUCACUCUUCUCCGCCUCCCUCUCACCUCGCCAGUUCAGAUUGUAUGCAUGCACUCUGAGCUAGUGAAAUUGUCCAAUCACAGGUUUCUCUAUGAGAAGCCUGUAAUUGAACCACGCAAAGCCCUGGCUGAUAUCAAGUAGGGGCUUGGAAGGCAUCACCGGGUGCUUUGCCCUUUUUCUAAAUACUAUGUAUUUAGCUAUUUCUACUUGAUCGAUCUAUACCAGUUCAUGAUGACGGCUUCUAGUUCUGUUGGCUAGUCUUUUUGCCAGUAGACAUUAAUCUAAUUUAUUAAUUUUUUUUCUUUUUUCAAAAACAAUAAUUGUGAAUGCAUGAUACAAGAAUAUUGCACGAAUGACAUUAAAAGCAGUCUUGACAGUUGAAAAGUGAUAUUCAAUCAGUUAUAUUCACUAUUUUGUAGUUUUCUCAACAUAAACGAGUUACAAAACCAAAUAGGUAAUUGUUAAUAAGUAAGAGGUUGAACUUUUAACAGUUACCAGUGGGAGAUCAGAGGAACAUGAUAAUCAUUUAGAUGUGGGUGUCCGGCAUGUUCAACCACCGCCAAUUCUCCCAAGAUACCACUUGCGUGGGUCAGGGACUGUGAUCUGCAAGUGCUCAGGACAAUGAAACAUAUGUUGGGUAUGCAAUAGUUUGCAUUUCAACAGAUAAGAGCAGGAGAAGGUACACCAGAGGAGGUCCACGGAUCUCCAGGUCAAGAGAAAUCUUUUGGCUAGGAGUUCUUUGUUAGUUAGUGUGUCCAACCAAUCCAUUUUAAAUAUGAAAGCUAGCUUGGUUAGAAAUAACUCCAGUGUGGGUGCGUGCGGCUGGUUCCAGACCCGAAGGAUGGUUUUGCUGCUACGAUAAGGAGGAAUCGUUUAUUAGGCAAUGUGAGCUCUGCUGAGGGUCCUAAAAGCAAAAAUUCAGGGGUAAGCGUUAAGAUGGGCAUGCCCCCGCUAUAGUUCAGUUCGGUCCAGAAAGAUUGGAUUAGAGUCAUUUAUGACUUUUAAGAAAUAUUUUUGAAUGAAUUUUGGUUUUGCUAUUUUAUUUAACUUUAUCUUUUUUUUUUUCUUCUCAGAAAUCCUUGAUGAAGGGGACACCGAGUCUGAAGAAGGAGACGAUGAAGGAGAGGGCAGUGACGAAGACAGUGAUGAUGCUGAUGAGGAUGAGGCAGAUGGUGGCGACGAAGGUUGGUGCUUUGGUUUCUAAAGACAGCUGUAUGCAUUUUGAUGAAAGAUUUAAGCAGAAAAUAAAAGAAAGUUUAAAGUUUUAUUGUAUAUACUGCUAAGGAGUCGCUCAAUACAUAUCGAUGUAGGUCCAACAUAGAGGUUGUUUGGUCCCAUUUUGUUGGUGUUCACUUUAAGGCGAAAGGCUGUGGUUUUGUAGAACAGCAGUUAGUGUACUUAAAGCAGUUAAACUGCUAGAAUGCAUAUAUAUCUUAUGAAAUAACACUGCACUAUAUGUACAUGUAUCUAUAAUACAAACACUAAGAGCUACAAACUACAUAACAAACACUGAUGGAAGUCUAGAAUAUGGCACAUAGAAUACAUGAGUGAUGAGUGUUGACACAGAGAUUAUUUGAGGAUAAAUUAAUACCAGGAGCUGAUGUAAUAUGGAAUAAAGAUGAUCUCAGUGCAAAGCCAGUCUGGAAUUUUUUUCCAUGUACAUUUAUGGCCAGUUUUAUCAUUGCUGUUUAUUGAAGGGACAGACUGCCUGCCAGAUUCACCCACUCCUGUUUUCAAGGAAUACUCCAAGUACAUGUAUACUUGUAUAGCAAAUGUUGCAGGGAGAUCCCAUCUCCUUGACUCCCUUUUCUUAGUUACUUGUAACUAUACAAAAUCUGCCAAAAAAAUACUCCAUCUACUCCAUACACUGGAGGAAAUCGGUGUAUAUUACAUGAUUAUGUACGUACAAUGCUUAAAGGGACACUAUAGUCCCCAAAACAACUUUAGCUUAAGAAAGCAGUUUUACUGUAUAGAUCAUGAUCCUGAAGUCUCACUGCUCAGAUCUCUGCAAUUUAGGAGUUAAAUCCCUUUUGUUUUUAUCUAUGCAGCCCUAGUCACACCUCCCCUGGCUGUGACUCACACCAUGCAUGAAAGAAAAAAAAAAUGGUUUCACAUUCACUUAGGUGUAACUUACUUUAAAAGUUCUUUCUGUCUGCUCGCUAAAGUGAACUUUAAUCAUACACAGAAUGCUUCUGUGGGGUCUAGCAAGCUGUCAAUAGUGCAGAGGAUAAUACAUUUUAAAUUAAAUAGAAUUUGCAAUGAAGAAAGUAUAAACAUUAGCUUACUCUUUACAGGAAGUGUUUAGGAAGGCUGUGCAAAUCACAUGCAGGGAGAUGUGACUAGGGUGCAUAAAUAAAGUGAUUUAACUAUUAAAUGGCAGAGAAUUGAGCAGUGACACUGCAGGGAAAUUAUCUAUACAGCAAAACUGCUUCAAUAGGCUAAAGUUGUUUUGGUGACUAUACUGUCCCUUUAACAGGUCUGUACCCUCUUAUCUUGCUUCUUCCAAACAUUUUGUGCAAAACCUAAAAAUAUAAAAUAAAUGCAUAAGAUAUUACUAACUUGCUCCUUGAUUGCAUUGACUACAUACAUUGUGUCCUUCUAGUAUAAUAUCUGACCAGAUUUAAAGCGUCACUUCAGACCUCUUCUUUUAUCUCUUUCUGUCCCUUAGUGUAUGACCUCUUUAACAGCUAUGAUUCCUGGUAUUCCUACUGCUCUCUUGAAAGCCGAUUAAAAUGCCAUUAAUAUUUCCCCAACUGAUAUGAAUUAUUCACUUCCUGUAUAACAACAUAGAUGCAUACGAUGCUGUGUAUGUGCCUUCAAAUUGUUAUAAACAUUCAUUAUUUCAUAUAGAUAAAGCUAAUCAAAUAUUAGCUAGUCUACAGUGUAAAACUGAACAUUUACCAAAGUCUUAGAAAGGAAUUGUCUGGUUUAAUAAUUAAUAUUCUUUCGACAACAAGAAUUGAUGUAGAAGUGGAGCUAUGCAUCUCAUACUAUUUAAUAAAUAGAUUUAGUUUUCCUUCAGAACCACACGAAAGUUGAUUUGCAAAAUGUUUGAGUGGACAUAAUAAAAAAUAAUUUCUAAAUCAUAAGUUUUGAAAAUGUCUGCUUUGUGCUACAUAUGCAAAUAAAUAUUGAUCUAGCAACUUUUGGGGAAAUGCUUCAUGGAUAACAGUCAACAGGUACAUAUAUUUUUCUUUUAUCUUAAACUCCCAUGACACCGAGACAGUAUUUGGCUUGAUACAAGCUGGCUGUAAUCCAUCAACUAAAUUGUUACCUGUCUGCCUCCCCUGAUCCACUUGUUCAUAAAUGAUAAUUGAAUGUAACUCUAAGAUUGAUCUGUUUAAUUGGAUUGUCUCUUCAUUGUCAGGAGAAAAAAUGACUAUUCAUGAUAAAACGGAAGUAAACCUGGUUGCGUUCAGACGAACUAUAUAUCUGGCAAUUCAGUCAAGGUAAGAU